AUGGAGCUUCAGUACCACACCGCUGCUCCUCACCUGGUGCCCCUUCCAGGGGUGCCCUCGGCUCUGCCAACAGAAAGGACAUCCAGCUCAACCAAAAUGCAUCCUGGCACUGUGUGGGUCCCCUCUGCCGUGACGCCUGAGAUGCUCUGGGACACACAGCCUACUGGCACCUUCCUGCAUGGAGAAGCUGCUCUACUGGUGGACGCCGUCUCGGCCAAGGUGCCAGGAAAUGGAUCUGGACUUCUGGCCACCGUCUUGGCAUCACUUCCCAGCGCUGCGUUGGCUCCUGGACUUCUGGCCACCGUCUUGGCAUCACUUCCCAGCGCUGCGUUGGCUCGUGAUGUCAACCACCCACACGUGCUGGCUCCCUUCCUUCCUACGGCGGAGUCUGGGGGACCUGCUGUCGCCUCGGGGAAACGAAGUGAUCUGUCUUCCCCCCCUGCACAGCAGACUCUGCUGACAUCUGCUGAAGCCCACCCUUCCCCUGCUCGGACCAGGGCCCCCAGCGCUGCAGGCCCCACCGUGGCCCGGGUGAGCUCGGCAGCCCCUGAUGCCAUCCCAGACCCUGGAACAACCAAAGCCCCCUGCAAGGAUGGAGCUGCUACGGUGGCUUCCCCCUCUCCGAGAGCUGCAGAUUCCUUCCUCACAACAGCAUCUGAGGAUGGACCCGCUGUAGGGCAACACCAGGCCAUGAAGGUGGCGGAGAUGAGUGUGCUGCCUGGACAGGUGGCUGUGGAAGAAGCUGGGCACGCUGCAGGAGAGGCCUUCACCCCAGCUAAGCUGAUGACGAUAGGCAAACCUGGCUUGCCAGGGGUGAAGCCCCCUGCAUCCCACUCCCCUGGGCUCCCUUCUCCUGCGCAGCCGCUGCCCGCCCGUGUGCUGCCCUUGCAGUUCCGCCUGUUGGGCAUUGCUUACACGGAGGCUCUGAGCAGCAGGGCUUCAGGGAGCUACAGGGAGCUGGAGGAAGAAGUGAGACUGAUGCUAACCCGAAUGCUGUCCACCUAUGAGACCUUCCUGCAGGCAAAUGUCCUCGAGUUUAUGAACGGCUCGGUGGUUGUGCAAGGGGAGGCUCUGUUCCGGGGGGAUGCUCCUGUUCCCACCAACUCCCACCUCAUCCGGACGAUCGUCACAGAGGCGAGCAGGGGAAGGAGCAUCUUCGGCUGGCAACUGGAGCCACGAUCUGUCCAGUCCAGUGGCUUCAGCCUGGAGAACCUGGACCCAGAGAAGCUGUCCGUCUCUCUCACUGUCUUCCAGCUUGGGAGGAGCAAGACAGACCACCUGGAGAGGCUGAUCAGCGAGGUGACUGGGUCUCUCAGUGCCCUCUACCGUGUGAGGAACUUCACUAUUACCCAGCUCAGAAACCUCAGUGGGGACCUGGAGAUCACUGGAGAUGUCUACCUUGACACGAUCGUCCAUGCUGAUGUUGCAGAGGUUCUGCAAGCCUUGACAGCGCUCGCAACCUGCUCUGUGGACCUGACCUCCCUCUCGGUGGAGGGAGCCAGGCUUCACCUGCAGGUUUACCCGGUCUCCUUCCUCAUCAUGAACAGGCACUUCAGCAAGGACCUUCUGGAUCCACUUGCUACAGAGCACCAGGAGCUCACUAGAGACCUUGGUGAUGCGGUGGCGAGAGCCCUGAGGGACCACGGGAGCUUCCUGCAAGUGGUGAUAAGAGGAUUCCUGCCUGGUUCCUUGAUCUGCCAUGGGGACGUGGUCUUCCAACACCCUGCUCCGACCAGCCUGGAAGUUUUGGAGGCACUUGUGCUCUCGGUUGGGCCAAACAAGGCUUUGGCCGGUUCAGACUUCCAGGUGGACCCGUACUCUCUUGCUGUGGGAGAGGACACCCUGGAGCCUCCCCUGCCCGAACCAGGCUUUCCCCAGUACGGCGUGGCCAUCAUGGUCGCGUGCGGCCUCUGCAUCAUUACUGCUCCCGUUGUCUUGCUGGUGUGUCUGAGUACCAAGAGGCUCAGCUGGCGGGACGUGGCGGUCCUCUGGGACAGAAGAGACCCUGAAGCAGGGACCCAGACCCUGGAAAUGGAUAACCAAGGGUUCUGGGCAUCCUCUGAACAG